UUCAACUAUAAACAACUCUAAGAAACAUGCGUAUGCAUAGCCUAUACACAUUUCUUUUUCUCUCUCCCCUCUUCUUUUUUUUCUUUUCUUCUCUCUUUAUAAUAUAUUUAUAGACAAAAAAAAUAAAAGAAAAAGGGAAGAGGGAUGAGAGAAAAGAAAUUUUAUUUAAAGCGCUGCAUAAUACCUCUAUAUAAGUAAUGUAAUUCGAUUCGUAAAUAUUCUUAACUCGUGUCUUGGACUUGUAGUGUAUGGGCCCUAAAAUUUACGGUUUCCUUUAUUUUAUAUCACUUCAUGCCAUGAUUAUCUAGAAUCUGUUCAACGCCUUUCAUUUACCUAUGACAAUCUCAUUUCCAUACUUCUUGGUGAAAAGGAAAAAGAUGUUCUCCCUUGGCCCUCUAUACCAAAGGAAAACCCACCCAUACCCACACUGUUGUAUCUUCGGUUCUGUAAAUACUAGAACGGAAAGUAUACCUAAUAGGAUUUCCAUGCAGUCCUAAUAUAUUUCUUAUUAACACAAUAUUAAAAGAAAAAAAGUACUGUAAAGUCAUAGCUAACUUCAUUGUUUGCUCAUAAAGCGAACAUUUCAAUUGUUGACUUAAGUAUUUCAACUAAAUCUCUAUUUACAGAAACUUGAAACUUGCAAAUUGCAAUACAGUAGUAUUUUAUAUAUAGUAAUUGACGGGAAGGGUUUAAUAUUUUCACGGUACUCCAAAACAUGGUAAUUUUCGAUUUAAAAUAUGGUCAACAGUAUUCUAUAUAAGAAUCUCAAGCACCCCUUUGCUCAGUGGUUCGUGCGUGGUAAGCCCCUCCCUGCCCAGAUUUUUCUUCAAAUCCGCCUUCUCUAAAUUAUUGCUCGAGAUAUCGCCAAUGUAAACAGGGCUUACUUGGUUUUACUUGGUUCUAGAGACGAAAGCAAUAGCGUAUACGCCCAUCCUCAGCUAGAGUUGCUUGGUCGGUUCAGAUAAAAGGUUGGUACAAAUUAGAGUGGGUGAUUAAUAUGAACUUUUGAAAAGCGAAAAAUUGGUAACAGAGUUCAACGCUAACAACAUCUGAAAGAUCACAAUAUGCAUUAUAGAGAUUGCUUAAUCAUAUUUUUGUCAAAUAUAUUUGCUUAAUCAUAAGCUUGUAUUACACCCAAUUGAAUUGUGUUCUGAAUACAUGUCACACGGCGCAUGUUCAUAUAUGCAUUUCAAUUUAUCGCUAGAAAUAACCAGCCAGUUAUUCUUCAUUAUGUAUUGUUGAAACCAUUUGGAAAUCUUUCGGAUUAUAAAGGCUAAAAUAUUGUAAAUUUUAAAUGGCGACGGUUGAUCUUUUAGUACAAGACGAUGUUUCUAUUGCAUUGGUUAUUACUGUGUGCUGUUUAAAUGUUCCUUUGAUGCUGGCGAUUGUGUUUGGAAAUCUUAUAGUUAUACUCAGUAUUUACAGAAAACGUGCGUUGGCACAAACUCCAAGCAAUAUCUUCAUGUCGUCUUUAGCUCUAGCUGAUAUUAUGACUGGCCUAAUUGGAGUUCCUUUCAGCAUCGUUGGAUAUCUGCUCCGUAAACGUUUUCUUUAUUCAGUUAACUGUGCAAUUUGGUAUUUUGUGCCAUGCAUAAUAUUCAUACACGUUUCUGUGUUCAACUUGAUUGUCAUCACUUUAGAUCGGUUCCUUGCGAUCAGAUAUCCUCUUCGAUACCACGUAUGGAUAGCUCCUGAAAGAGCGAUUCGAAUCUGUGUUUUCGUUUAUUUUCUUGGUACAUUCCUUGGAAGUAGUUCGUUUAUUGUAGCUGCUGUUGCUAGUAUUUUUCUACCAACACCAAAUGUGACAUUUGAAUACGACUGUGGAAGUUCUGCCUUUUAUGAAAUUUAUGGUGCUCCCGUUUUUUAUUACGUCACAAAUCCUGUCGCAGGAUUAACUAUUCCAUGUCUAUUUAUUUUAUACUUGUAUAUUUUCUCAAUUGCGUCAAAAAAGGCGAAGGAAGCUGCCACACGCCACGGAAAGAAGCUUCUUAAACGAGAAAUGAAAGUGACCAAGACAACAGCCAUAGUACUUCUAACUUACACUCUGUGUAUUGCUCCAACCGCUUUUAAAAACAUCGUCCAGGGCUACAUUGACAACGGUUCCACCUGGCUUGCGUGGUACCCAUGGUUUUCGGAUUUCUUAGCGAUCACAAAUUCGAUGUUAAAUCCGUUCAUUUACGCUGGAAGAAGCAAAGAGAUGAGAAAAGAAUUUAAAAUAACAAUCAAAUUCAUAGUUAGUAUUCUGUGUCCAAGAAUAUACAAAAUGGAAAAGGAUGGGCCUAACAAGAACAGCCAACGAUGGUCAUCAAAAGCGAAUAUUACCACUACCACGACGAAUGUUGAAUUUUCCGAUGAAGAAAUAAAGAGUAUAAGCAAAAAACAUAACACUAUCCAGAAAGAUAUUCAGUAGAGGCCAACCACACUCUUCAGGCGGAUGUGUACAACCCUUUAAAUAUAUAAUUUAUAUAAGGAGGUCGAAAUAUUGGUUUUCUCCAAUAAAGUGUUUCUAAAGUCCAUGCAAGAGUAUUCUUUUCUUAAUCUUUUAAUAUAAAAAGAUGGUUUAGAUUUUAUCAAUUAUAUCAUGACACAGGCCUAAUAUUAAAUGUUUAUACAUACAUUUAAUAUGUCUAUAACUCAUUAGGUAUUGUCAUUGUCGUUAUUAUUGUCAUCAUGAUCAUCAUCAUUAGUCAUUAAGCCUUUUUAUUGUAUUAUUAAUAUUAUUUUUA